AAAUACCCUAACCUUCAUCCCCAUUUGGCAACAUACCUCAAGAGAAAAACAUGGCAGCUAAAGCUCCAAAAUUUGCUUUCUUCCUAGCUAUUUUCUGCAUCCUUGUCUUUCUAGUGAGCGCAGAAGUGAGACCUCAAGUGUACAAGCUGUGUGAAGAGGCAAGCAAGACAUGGUCAGGGACAUGCGAGAUAACACAACACUGUGACCAUCAAUGCAGGACUUGGGAGCAUGCAGAGCAUGGUGCAUGCCAUGUUCGACAGUCUCAUCACAAGUGCUUUUGUUACUUCAAGUGCAACAACUAAUUAAUCAAUCAAUCAAGAUUAAUUAAUUAGUUGUUGAAUUUCAUGUUAAUUAAUCAUUGGUCUAAUUAUGUGCCUCCUGAAUAAAUUAAGGCAGUUAAUAAUGCUUCCUUAGAGAACAGUUGAAUACUUAUUCUUGGGUUCCCUAAGAAAAAUUUAGUUGGAUGUUUGCUUCAUUUCUCCUUGUACUAGUAUCACUUUAAAUUAACGAAUAAAUAAAGUGUUGUUAGAGCACUCG